AUGACGACUACAGCCGCACAAGACGAAUUCAACGACCUAAUCCGCAGAAACGAAGAUCUCGGCGACCGCAACCCCCAUCCCGAAGACAUUGACAACGACUCGGACAUCUCGGACCCUGAAUCCCCCGGUGCUGCAGCCGAUUACCUUGAGAAAGUCGAUACAGACGACGAACUCGAUAUCCCAGCCGAUAUGAGGGCAAACUACUACAUGCCGAACAUGCGUUCGGAAGCCAACACCGGGCCCAAGGGUGUCAUCGCUGAUGCCCAGGCUUUUGAGCAGGCGAAGAAACAGGCGAGGAGGUUUACGUGGAAGUCGAAGAGUACGGCACAGGCGCCGGCGCAAUACAAUGUCAGUGCGUAUCGGGAUGAGAAGAACACGUCGUCUGGCAGUGAUGACGAGAUGGAUGAGGGCUUCAUGCGGCAAUGGCGGGAGGCGAGGUUGAGGGAGCUACAGAAUGUGGGCGAGAGGAUACGGUCGAGGACGAACAGUCCUUCGAGGAGGAUCUAUGGCGGGAUGCCGCUUGUAGAUGGCGAGGGGUAUUUGGAUGCUGUUGAUAAGACGGCGAGUGGGACUGUUGUUGUGGUGUUUAUUUACAACAGUGACCCAAGGGCCCUCGUAUCACAAACGUUUGAGAGCGUCAUGCACGAUGUAGCGAAACGCAACGAUACAGUCCGCUUCGUCAAGAUGUACAACGACGACGCUGAGAUUGAGGACACGGGUGUACCUGCUGUUCUCGCAUACAAAGGCGGCGAGAAGUUUGCGGAUAUAAUACCGCUCGUUGACGCGCUACCCGAUGAUUCGGAGCUCAGCGCUGUUAGCCUUGAGACACUCUUCAGACAACACCGUAUUCUCUGA